AUGAACUUGAUCGGGAAGCUGGAGGGCCACCCAGGCGGCAGCACGGCCCUCGCAUUUGCAGCUGGCGGGCAGCUGCUCGUCUCGGCCGGCGAGGACGGCUGCGCGGCGGUGUGGCGCUGCGACGGGCGGACGCUCAAAGCGCGGCUGGCCUGCGAGGGUGUGGACGCGGAUAGGACGCCAGACGGCCAUACAGUGAGCUGCGUCGCCGUCAGCCCCGACGGUGCCCUGGCCGCCUGCGCAGCCGGCAAGAGCAUCCACCUCUUUGAGCCGGGUGCAGAAGAUGUAGAGGCAACAAGGCGCGUCUUCCCCCCAGUGGCGGGCGGCGUGGUCAACGACCUGCGGUUCUUGGGGAGCGGGCAGCUGCUGGCCGCCUUCUACGGCGGGGUCGCCCUGUUCGGGACAGACGUGGGGGUCAAAGGCCUGGUAUUGGAGCACGGGGCCAACAUCCUCUCGGCGUCCGCGACGCCAGACCUGCGGUGGAUCGUCGGCGGCUGCAUGGACGCCACGGUCCACAUUUGGCAUUUGGAGAAGCAAGCGGGAGGAGGUCCUUCCAUCAGCGAGGCCACAGGGCCGGGCGGUGUGGCGCCAGCGCCUGAAGCGGCUGAGCUUAGUGAUCGAGCGGGUGUGGACGAGCCGGGCGGCAGCAGCAGAGGCGCUGAGCGGGGGCCGUCCGACGCGACCGCUGGGCCUGUGGCAGAGGCCGUUGAGGGCGCUGUGGCGGAGGCAGGGGUGGCUGGCGAGGGCGAGGAGGGGGACAAUGACGUCGAAGAAGAAGAGGAUGAAUAUGAGGAAGAGGCGGGGGUUCCAGUGACGGUUUUGCAGGGGCCUGAUGGCACCACAUUGGAAAUGGUGGAGCUCACCUGCGGCGGGUAUUCCGGAAAGGUCCUGCGCGUCGACUUUGGGGUGGCGCCAGACGGCGACCCCCUGAUGGCCAGCAGCGGCGGCAACACCUGCCUUAUCUGGAACUUUGGCGGCGCAGGGCCAUCGGGCAGCGCGCCCAUCAUCACGCUGGGCCACACUAAGCCGGUGCAGUGCCAGGCUUGGCACCCGUCGCGACCGGGUGUCCUGGUAACUGGCGGGCGCGACGGACGGCUGAUCCUGUAUGAAUCCUACAACGCGGCGGACGGCAUGGAGGAGGGCAUGCCAUCGCUCUGUGGGCCCGCGGCGCUGGACCCCUCGCCCUCCGACGAGGUGGUCGCGGUUGCCUGGGGCAGCGGAGACGUGCUAGUUUCGGCGCAUUCCAGCGGCGAAGUCAAGAGCUGGACAUGGGCUGGCUGA